GUGGAGGUUAUCUGAGGAUUUGACAACCCACAUAACCUGUAUAAUUUCUACGCCAACUAAGAUUCAAAUUCAAAUUUUUACUAUUCAGAAUAUGGUCUUAUCAAUUGAAUUGUACAACUAUUCUGCUGAAAAAAGACAUCAAAAAUGGACCAAAUACUGGUACAUAAAGUUCAGAAAUCUGGUGGAAUUACAUCCAAAACUAGCAGAUUGGAAUAUAAAAAUAUAGCAGUAUUUUCUGUUGCUGGUUUUUCAAAAUCCUGUAAUUCGAUUUCAGAAAGUUGCAAGAAAAAUCAAGCAGAAAUCGAAGAUUUUUUGGGAAAGUUGGAUGCCUCAAAAAAGAAUGAGAGAGACAAACUGGCUAAGAAGGUUAUCUUAGGUGGGAACGAAAAUAUUAGUGGAAGAAACAGCAGCAGAGAAAAUUAUUUGAAUCAAACCCAAGCCAUUAGUGUACCAAGAAUGGGAGCUGCUGAUAUAGAAACCUUUUUCAAAGUUAAAAAAAGAACAGAAAAUAGUUUAAAAGUGCACAAAAACAUUACUGAAGAAUCUUCAAAGAAAAAUAAUAGAAAACGAAAUUGGGAUAGUUCUUCCGAGGAUGAGAAUCCCAACACCACUUUCUCUCCAGAAAGACGAAAGAGAAUCAAACAAACAAUGUCUAAAGGAAAGGAAAACGGUAAUGGGGAUAUUAAAGAAAUGUUCGAAAACCUUAGAAAGUCAUAUUUCAUUAAAAAGGGUCUGACUUAUGAUGAUGUUGAAUUAUCAAAGUCAAACAAAUUAGAAAAUAGGAGUAACUCUAAUACCGAUCCGAAAGACUUAUUGAGGAAGUGUCAAAGUGUCGAAUCUGUACCGUGUAAUAAAAUUCAGAAUCAGUUCAACAGCAUGCCUUUUACGACAAACGAAUACAAGUCAGCUAAAAGAAGAGUCGAAGAUGAAAAACUGAGUUUCAACGAAUUUAUAACAAAAUUUUUCAAGAAUCUCGAUGACAAAAAUAUACUCGAAACUAACACUAAGAAAGAUGAAGACUGUAAAUCGAGCAAGCUCAAUGAAGUUCCAACUAGGAACUCCACUGUUGAGAAACCAAUUUUGGAGAUAAUAGAGAGUUUGAAACAAAAUAAAAAAAAUUCUCACUCGGAGUUCUGUUCAAAGGAAAGACAAAGUGUUGCAGAGAAAUGCUUGAGAGAUAGCUCAGUGCCCCAAAUAGAUCCUUUAAAGGUAAGGGUUGAACCUUGUGAUGAUAGAAAACAUAAUUCUGUUAACACACAAAGGCAGUAUUUAAUGAAAGAUUACUUGCCCAGGGAAGGAAAUAGAAUCCCACUUCUGACACCAAAAACUCUAUUAAGACAGUGUAGUGGAAAUAUUCAUCCAUCAGCAAAUGAUUUAAAACGGACUGAAGGUCAGUUGACAAUUGAUGAUAUGUUAGAAAUGUUGAGAAGAGAAAAACAUAGUAGGGACAGGAAAACCUUAAUGGAGGUUUCGAAAAAUGAUAAUUCAGUGGAAAAAUGUAUUAGAGUCGACUCAAUUCUGGCCUCUCUUCAGCCAAGAUCGCAUAAUACCCAGGAAGCUAGUUAUAUUGAUUCACAAUGUGAUAUACUGAUGAGUUCAUCGAAGUCCAAAAUAACAAAUAACAAGCUAUCUGGUCUGUUCAAUGCAAACGUGAACAAUAUUCAUAAUAGAAAUGAUUAUCUUGAUAUUUCCCAGCAAAGCUCCUCAAAUUGUGAAAGCAAAUCUGAAGAAAGUAUCGAUUUUGCUAUGUAUCUUUCUGCAGAUUAUAAUACUGAUGCUAAACCCAGAACUCCACAGAGAAAUCUAAAUGUAUCAGGAGGUAAACUCAACUGUGAGAAAACAAAUAUUUCUACUCUUAAAGAAAACUCUUUUUCAAAUGGUGAAAAGCUGCCUUUAGUCUAUGUAGCAUCUGAGUCUAGUGAAAGAGCUUUCAAAAUGCCCAGUGUUAAAUUUCUGAAAGACGUUUUGGGAGGAGAAGGAUCCAAGAGUUAUGAUGAAAAAUAUGAUGGUAACAACACUGUUGUGGAACAACGUGAAAGAUCUUCGUUCAAUACAGCUGUAGAUGACACGAUAAUAAUCCACUCCAGCUCUUCAGAAUCCUGUGAGAAAACUCUUUUUGGAGCCACUCAGAAUAGCACAAUCAUCGAUAGUUCUGCGAAAGACAAUAAAACAGUGGUCGAAAGUAAAAACUGUGACAGUUUACUGGAUGAUGAUGAAAUUAACACAAUUCUAACAGAGAAUUAUGAGAAAUUUAGAAGACGUAAACAAAUGGAAAUUGAAAAAUGUGGGAGUGAGCUGAACGUUUUUCUUGAGAAACUUGCACAACAAACUGCCAAGGAGCCAAAGAAAUUUUAUUCAAAGCGAUAUAGGAAAGGAAGACUGCGGAUAUAUAGGUUGAAGAAAUUAAAGAAAGUGCAGCAACCAGCCAAUACUAUAAAUGAAAACAUGAAUUUGAAAGAACUCCUCAAGAAAAUGACUCAAGAUUUUGUAGAACCUUCGCAACCGUUUGUGAGAUCUAAAAGUGUGAGUUCUGUAUCUACUUCGUCAUCGUAUGUCACCGACGAUGCCCGAUCCGAGACUUUAUCUACAGGUUCUACAGAAUUAGCCGUUCCCCAACAGAGACUGAGGAAGGGGUUGAACGAGAUUUUGAAAGAUAAGUCUUUGUACUGCGAGGAAAGCCAGAUGUUUCACAAGGAGUACGACAAAGACGAGAUAAAAAAGAAAAUACAGAGUAUCUUUCUGAAUGUUUUCGAGGACUUGACAAACGGGGGGAAGGCGUCUUUAGAACUGAGAAGACAGACAUUGACCAAUUGCGUAUUCAAAAACGGAAGGUUACAGUUCAAGCCAAAUGACGAAAUAGCGAUGUCUGUUAUCAAAUCCAAUGUACAGCGAAGUAGGGCCAAAUUUAAACUGAUUUUGUGUAUUCUCAAGAAAAUUCAAACCCUUUUAGAGACGAAUACAAAGUUAACAAAGAGAGAGCUGUAUUACCAACUGAAAUCGCUUAUAGGAGAUCAGAGAGUAACGGAUAGAGCUAUAAAUGCCAUAAGUUGUCUCUUAGAUGUUGGAAUGUGGGCCCUCAAUAUUGUGGCUCAAAAAGGACUCGUCUUUGGAAAUUUGAAAAUACUCUUGGCUUCCGGGGAAAUUUUGAAUUGCAACGUUCCAGGUACUCUGAUUCCUCAAGACGUUAAUGAAAUCAUCGAGCUUCAUUCGUCAGCCUACUUCAUCCUCGUGAUUGAAAAAGAAUCCAUAUUCCAUAAGCUGAUAGAAGAAAAUUUGCCCAACAAAUUGACCAGGCCCUUCAUAAUGAUCACGGGAAAAGGUUUCCCAGACCUGAAUACUCAGUUGUUCCUCAGAAGACUGUGGGUUGCUAUGUCGAUACCUGUUUUUAUACUAGUUGAUGCGGAUCCUGAUGGGAUCAGUAUCAUGCUGAACUAUAGGUUUGGUUCGGUGAAGAAUGCCCAUGUCUCUCAUCAUUUGGCGGUGCCGAAAGCAAAAUGGCUGGGAGUGUUUCCCUCUGAAUUGCGGAAUUUCAGUAACAACAUUCAACCUUUGAGCGAAAGAGAAGUAAAACUCGCUGAGGAUCUACUGAAGACUCCCUACAUGGCCGAGAAUCCAGAAAUAGUCAGGGAGCUGAAAGUGCUUAUAGAAAAAAAGCGCAAAGCCGGAAUUGAAGGACUCAUCAAAAGUAAUGUCUUUCUAAGCGAAGUGUAUUUCCCAGCAAAGUUCUUCAGCCACGAUUUUAUUUGAGGUUGUCUGGGAGUAAGCAUAGUUGAAUUGAAAUAUAACAAUUAUUGAAAAA